AUGGAUCUUGCACUGCCCUCCAGCCUUGGGAUGCGUGUUAUGAAUACAACAGGGCAGAUGCAUAUUACUCCUGGGAGACCAGCCUACUACUCACUCCCAGGGAUCGUGAAGCUGGCUGCAGUCCUUUGCCCAGAUACCAAUGCCCUGCUUAAUACCAGUGUGCCUGCUUACUUGGUGUCCCUCCCCAGGUCUGGCACCAGUGACCCCUACUGCAUUGUCAAAGUAGACAACGAAGUGGUAGCCAGGACUGCUACCGUGUGGAAGAAUCUGAAUCCCUUCUGGGGGGAGGAAUACACCCUGCACCUGCCCAUGGGCUUCCACAGUCUCGCCUUCUACGUGCUGGAUGAGGACACCAUCGGGCAUGAUGAUGUCAUUGGCAAAAUCUCUCUCAGUAGAGAAUGGAUUUCAUCUCACCCGCGCGGGAUUGACAACUGGAUCAACCUGACCCGUGUGGAGCCCAAUGAAGAGGUGCAGGGCGAGAUUUGCCUGGAGCUGAAGGUGCGAGAGGCGCCGCAGAGGAGGAUUCUGCACUGCCAUGUGAUUGAGGCCAGAGAUCUGGCCCCGCGGGACAUCUCCGGUACCUCAGACCCCUUUGUGCGAGUGUCCUAUGAUGGCCACACCUUGGAGACGGCGAUCAUUAAGAAGACUCGUUUUCCACACUGGGAUGAGGUGCUGGAGUUUGACCUGGAGGAGGGGGUGCCCGGGAAGGAGCCGAAGGGGUCCCUUGUGAGCGUGGAGGUGUGGGACUGGGACAUGGUGGGAAAGAAUGACUUCCUGGGACAGAUUGAGUUCUCUCUGGCUGCCCUUCAGCGAUCCCCUGCCAAAGGCUGGUUCAGGCUCCUGCCCUUCCCCACCACUGAGGAGGAUGCUGGAGGGAAGCUGGGGGCUCUGCGGCUGAAAGUCCGACUGGCUGAGGACAGGAUCCUGCCCUCCAUGUACUACCAGCCCCUGAUUGAGCUCCUGGUGGAAUCUAUCCUGUGCCCUGCUGAGGAGGACGUCAGCCCGCUGGCCUUGCUGGAGGAGAUCAGCUCGGUGGAGAGCCGGCAGGAUGUGGCCACGAAGCUGGUGAAGAUCUUCCUAGGACAGGGCCUGGCGGUGCCCUUCCUGGACUACCUCAACCUGCGAGAGGUGACGAAGACCACUCCUGCUGCCUCCACCCCCACUUGGUCCCCUGGAGUCCAUCUGUUCCCUGCUGCCGGCACCUCUCAGCCUCUCUGGCCAAGGGGCUGCGGCUGGGAGUGGCUGGGCAGCCGCUUUGCACACAUCCCCCUGUCAUGCCAUGUGGAAAUGCAACAUGGUCCAGGGCUCAGCUGCAUCAUGAAUCCAUUUAUGGAGCAGUUUAUGAAGGUGGUCGGAAUGCCCUAUCUGCACGAGGUUCUGAAGCCAAUCGUAAACCGCAUCUUUGAGGAGAAGAAGUAUGUUGAGUUGGAUCCCUGUAAAAUUGAGCUGAACCGGACCAGGAGGAUUUCCUUCAAGGGCUCUCUGUCCGAGGCCCAGGUGCGGGAGAGCAGCCAGGAACUUCUCAAGGGCUACCUGAGUGACAUCAUGGAGUCCAUCAUCGGCUCGGUGGAGAAAUGCCCCCCUACCAUGAGGGUGGCCUUCAAGCAGCUGCACAAGCGGGUAGCGGAGCAGUUUCCAGAGGCGGAGCAUGAGGAUGUGAAGUACAUUGCCAUCAGUGGGUUCCUAUUUCUCCGCUUCUUUGCUCCUGCCAUCUUGACACCAAAGCUGUUCAACCUCCGCGACCAGCAUGCUGACACCCGGACCAGUCGUACGCUUUUGCUGCUGGCCAAGGUACCCAACAGGAAAGAGGGCUGGGAGAGGGGAGGAACCUCCAGCUUUGUGCUGUUUGACUCCUUGCCUGAUCCCUGCAUGGGGUUCUGGAACACGCCUCAGAUAGCACCUCUCCUAGUGGAGCAACCCACCAAGGCAAAAGAAGCCCAGGUCUCCUGGGCCAGGUUCUCAGCUGGUGCAACUCCACAUUGGUUUCAGUGGAGCUAUGCCAGUUUGGAGAUCUGGCCAGGGUGUCCUUGGGGUCACGUGGUGACUUCGGGCGAGGCCCAGCCCCGGACGCUGUUCCACCCUUCGCUCACCAUCAAGGAGGGCUACUUGCACAAGCACAAGGCUGAGGGACUCCACCUGCUUCCGCGCUUCACCUUCCAAAAACGCUACUUCUGGCUGAGCAGUGAGGCCCUGUCCUACUUAACCAGGGCAGGGUCUCAGAGGGAGGCACGCUGGGGAAGGGGCCUGAGCCCCAGCCACCCCCCGUGCAGGCCACACUGGUGCAGCACGUGGGCUGGGGGAAGGUAUGGAGGCCAUGCAGCCCCAAGCAGCUGGGCCCUGGGAGCCACCCGCUCUGCAGCCAGGCCCUUGUACCCUGAGCCUGCCUGGCAGCCCCCCAGGGCUCUUUGCGAGAGUCUUUUCUGUCUUGCCCCAGCGUGCGGCUGCAGCCGGACUCACUCUGCCGUGACCCUGGGGGAUUGGAGCGACCCCCUCGACCCGGAUGCCGAGGCCCAGAUGGUGUACGGGCAGCUCUUGCUGGCACGGGACAGACUCAGGUCAGGCCAGGCCAGGGGCAGGGCCAUGGUGGGGAGGCCGUGGCCGUUGCUCCAGAGGGGGCUUGUGUAGAGCAGAGGCCACUCCGUGUUUGGUUGGGAUUGGCAGCAGGGAGGGGCGCUGAGUCCCACUCGGGGGUGGCUCUGGCACCCUGAGCUCUCCCUCCCCUUUGCAAGCAGGGACACUGUUUGCCUCUUUCCAGCCAUUCAGGGACUCCCUGAUCACACGCGGUUUUAGAGGUAACGCCAAUGGCUCUAGUCACACCAGCCAACUCUCGGCGCCCUGGGCCCAGGGACUUGUGCACGUCCAGCCCUGAACCUCCCAAAUCGCUCCCCUGGAGAGAGGCCUGUAAGGGACAGUGCCUCGUAGUCAGCAGCUGAGCUUCCUCCCAUAGGCCAAGAGAUUCGCCCUGCGGCAAGGGCGGGGGAGGGCGUUUCCUCCAGUCCGGCUGGGAGCCAUCGUCCUCGGUCGGGGCUCCUGCCCGUAGCAUCUGCUGCAGAAGGAGCUUUGUCUGCCGGGGA